AUGCUCAUUAAAAAUGGCAGUACAAUAACAGAAUUCAUUCUCCUGGGGCUUUCAGAUCUCCCAGAACUUCAGCCUCUCCUCUUUGUGUUGUUUCUGGUUGUUUACCUCAUCACACUCUUAGGUAACCUGGGAAUAAUGGUGUUAAUCAGACUGGACCCUCGCCUUCACACUCCCAUGUACUUCUUCCUCACUAACUUAGCCUUUGUAGACUUGUGCUAUGCCUCAAAUGCAACUCCACAGAUGUUGAUGGCUUUCCUAUCGGAGAAGAAGACCAUUUCCUAUGCUGGCUGUUUUAUCCAGUGUUAUGUUUUCAUUGCACUCCUCCUUACCGAGAUCUACAUGCUGGCAGCAAUGGCCUAUGACCGUUACAUGGCCAUAUGCAACCCACUGCGCUAUAGUGUGAAAUUGUCCAGGAGAGUCUGCAUCUGCCUGGCCACAUUUCCUUAUGUCUAUGGAUUCUCAGAUGGUCUCUUCCAGGCCAUCCUGACCUUCCACUUGACCUUCUGCAGAUCCAAUGUCAUCAACCACUUCUACUGUGCUGACCCACCACUCAUUAAGCUUUCUUGCUCUGAUACUUAUGUCAAGGAACAUGCCAUGCUCAUAUCAGCUGGCUUUAACUUCUCCAAUUCCCUCACCAUCAUCCUGGUGUCCUAUGCCUUUAUUAUUGCUGCCAUUCUCAGGAUCCCAUCAGCUAAAGGAAGGCACAAGGCAUUCUCCACCUGUGGUUCUCACAUGAUGGCUGUCACCUUGUUUUAUGGAACCAUCUUCUGCGUGUAUGUAAGACUACCAACAAAUAAGACUGUUGAGGAAUCCAAAAUAAUAGCUGUCUUCUACAUCUUUGUAAGCCCAGUGCUUAAUCCACUGAUCUAUAGUCUGCUAAACAAAGAUGUAAAGCAGGCAUUGAAAAAUAUCCUCAGACAAAAUAUAGUCAUUAAGAUGGCAAUGUCUACAGUUUCCAAUAAACCGUAA